CUAGUUAUUCUUGGUUUCCCCUCAUCCUUAUCUCCUCACUGUACUCACACACACAUAUAUGCGUACAUUAAUAAUUGGGGGGCGACUUUGAUGAGGAGGGCCUUGUAAUCCUUCUUGAGAAGCAAGAAAUCAAAGCUUCAAAGUGACUUUCACUAUGGCUAUAAGAUCAGCUGGUGCUGCUGCUCGAGCUAUUCUCGUAACGCAAGGAGCGAGAAUAGCAGCGAGAAUGGAGGGGGCGACGAAGACGAAUAACAUGAUGGGGCGGGGAACGCCUCGCUACUUCAGCGACGAAAAGGGCCGGAUCCUCAGCGAGGAGGAGCGAGCCAAAGAGACCGUCUACAUCCAGAAAAUGGAGAGGGAGAGGAUGGAGAAGAUAAAGCGAAAGGAGGAGAAGGAGAAGGCGGAAGCCGAGAAGAAGGCCAAAGGAGGAGGAGAACAUCAGACAGCCUGAUGCAGUUUUACCUUAUCCCACUUCACUCUUUGCAGAAAAGCGAACUUUUUAUACCAACGCAGUUAGAAUCGCCAAAUCAAAUUUUACCGUUUGCCAGAACAUGCGCAUUGAAUCUUAGUUUGAAUUAUUUUGUUCGGGCACUAGUAAAAUUUGUUUUGGCAAUAUCAAUUUCCUAUAAUAAUUAGCAAAAUGCAUGCAUGGUUAUGUUGCCCUAGUUAUCUCUCCUGUACGUCUUUUGUAAAUAAGUGUGCUGAUAAUGAGGAUACUAAUGUUAUCUGAGUAGUGAAAAUGGUUAUUUUCUUCUAUUUUCUUGCUUUAUAAGUGAAGUGAUGUUGCUAUUAUUGCUGUGAAUAAUGAAGAGGAGUGAAUGGACUUGGUGAUCACUUUUUUUAGUCA